UGCAUGAAUGCUGGAGGUGACGGCAGCUAUAAAAGUCGCCGUUUAGCUUUCACCAAUUCUAGUUUUGGUUCUCUCCAACCUCUACAAAUACCCUUACCGAUUCAUCUAUUCAUGUCAAAGAGAAGAUAAGUACUGCUAUUAGAAAUAGUAAGAAAAUUGAAGGAGUUGUGCUUAGGACAAGAGAAGAGGCUUUUAUUCCAAAGAAGAUGUGGCUGAUCAUGAAGGUUUUCCUCCUGCAAAUUUUAGCGUUUCUGCUUUUUGGUGGUGGCAUCCAUUGUCAAGCUUCAACACAUCGGCAUAGUUUUGUGGUGAGGGAAGCUUUAUAUACAAGGCUUUGUAGCACCAAGAAUAUCUUAACAAUAAAUGGACGAUUUCCAGGACCAACCAUAUAUGCUAAGAAAGGAGAGACUAUCAUUGUCGACGUUUAUAAUAGGGGAAAAGAAAACGUCACCAUUCAUUGGCAUGGAGUGACGAUGCCUAGAUAUCCAUGGACAGAUGGUCCUGAGUAUAUCACACAAUGCCCAAUUCCACCAGGGUCAAAGUUUAGCCAGAAGAUCAUCCUUUCCUCUGAGGAAGGGACUCUAUGGUGGCAUGCUCACAGUGACUGGACCCGAGCCACUGUUCAUGGAGCUAUAAUCGUUUAUCCAAACAAUGGAGCCAAGUAUCCUUUUCCCAAACCUAAUGCAGAAGUUCCCAUCAUAUUAGGAGAAUGGUGGAAGAGUGAUGUGAAUGCAGUUCUAAAUGAAGCGCUUGUAACUGGAGUUGACCCUAAUGUUUCUGAUUCUUUCUUAAUAAAUGGACAACCCGGUGAUCUACAUCCAUGCUCAAAUCAGGUACAAAGCACAUUUAAGCUAACAGUGGAUCAUGGAAAGACAUAUCUACUUCGCAUAAUCAAUGCUGCCUUGUAGGAGGUACUCUUCUUCUCCAUUGCCAAGCAUAAAAUGAUAGUGGUUGGAAUAGAUGGUAGCUACACGAAACCAUUGACACGAGAUUAUAUCAUAAUAUCACCUGGCCAAACCUUCGAUGUCUUAUUAGAAGCUAACCAAUGCCCGGAUCACUAUUACAUGGCGGCUAGAGUUUAUUCCAUUGCCCUAGUAGGUAAUUAUGAUAACACAACCACCACAGCUAUUGUACAGUACAGGGGAUACUACACUCCAUCUUCACCUCCCUCCUUGCCUUAUCUUCCUGGAUACAAUGACACAAAUGCAUCGGUUCACUUCAUGGGCAGCCUUCGAAGCUUAUGGGAUGCGGAACAUCCUUGCAAUGUCCCAUUAAGCAUGAACACUAAAUUGAUUUACACUAUCUCUAUGAACACGUUCCCAUGCGCCAAUAAUUCAUGUGCAGGGCCUAAUGGGACGCGGUUCGCCGCAAGUAUAAACAACAUAAGCUUCCAAUCCCCUAGAAUUGACAUACUGAAAGCUUACUAUUAUAACAUCAAUGGUGUAUAUGGAGAUAAAUUUCCUAGCAUUCCACAAGUGGUGUUCGAUUUUACAUCUGAGUAUCCUCCAUUGGAGUAUGAGACGCCGAGAAACGGAACAAAAGUAAGGAUGCUCGAGUAUAACUCCACAGUGGAGAUUGUUUUUCAAGGGACAAACUUGGUUGCAGGGACACACCACCCCAUGCAUCUCCAUGGAUACAGUUUCUAUGUUGUUGGAUGGGGACUUGGAAAUUUCGAUAAAAAUAGAGACCCUUUGCGCUAUAAUCUGGUGGAUCCUCCUCUUCAGAAUACCAUCACUGUUCUUAAGAAUGGUUGGACUGCAAUCAGAUUCAAGGCAUCCAACCCUGGAGUGUGGUUCAUGCACUGCCAUUUAGACCGCCAUCAAACUUGGGGCAUGGAGACUGCGUUCAUAGUGAAAAAUGGUAGACACCCAGAAGCUCAAAUGUUGCCUCCACCAUCCGACAUGCCACCAUCGAAAGUUCGAGAGAAACCAGCUGUCCGCUGCCCACAGAAGGUGAAAGCAGCCAUAAAAGUUGCUGUUCAGCUUUCACCAACUCCAGUUUUGUUUUGGUUCUCUCCAGCCUCUAUAAAUACCUUUAAGAAUUCAUCUACUCACGUCAAAGAGAAGAUAAGUCGUGCUAUUAGAAAUAGUAAGAAAAUUGAAGGAGUUGUGUUUAGGACAAGAGAAGAUCAGGCUGUUAUUCCAGAGAAGAUGUGGUUGAUCACAAAGAUGAAACUCUUGCAAAUUUUAGUGUUUCUGCUUUUUGGUGGUGGCAUCCAUUGCCAAGCUUCAAUUCAUCGGCAUACUUUUGUGGUGAAGGAAGCUUUAUAUACAAGGCUUUGUAGCACCAAGAACAUCUUAACAGUAAAUGGACGAUUUCCAGGACCAACUAUAUAUGCUAAGAAAGGAGAGAUUAUCACUGUCGACAUUUAUAACAGGGGAAAAGAAAACGUCACCAUUCAUUGGCAUGGGGUGAAAAUGCCCAGAUAUCCAUGGACAGAUGGUCCUGAGUAUAUCACACAAUGCCCAAUUCAGCCAGGGUCAAAGUUUAGCCAAAAGAUCAUCCUUUCCUCUGAGGAAGGCACUUUAUGGUGGCAUGCUCACAGUGAUUGGACCCGAGCCACCGUUCAUGGAGCUAUAAUCGUCUAUCCUAAGAAUGGAACCAAGUAUCCUUUUCCCAAACCCAAUGUAGAAGUUCCCAUCAUAUUAGGAGAAUGGUGGAAGAGUGAUGUGAAUGCGGUUCGAGAUGAAGGGCUUGCAACCGGAGCUGACCCCAAUAUCUCUGAUUCUUUCUUGAUAAAUGGACAACCUGGUGAUCUACAUCCAUGCUCAAAAUCAGGCACAUUCAAGCUAACGGUGGAUCAUGGCAAGACCUAUCUACUUCGCAUAAUCAAUGCUGCCUUGCAGGAGGCUCUCUUCUUCUCCAUUGCCAAGCAUAAAAUGACAGUGGUUGGAACAGAUGGUAGCUACACGAAACCAUUGACACGAGAUUAUAUUAUAAUAUCACCUGGCCAAACCUUUGAUGUCAUAUUAGAAGCUAACCAACGCCCGAAUCACUAUUAUAUGGCAGCUAGAGUUUAUUCCGUUGCUCCACUAGGUAAUUAUGAUAACACGACCACCACAGCUAUUGUACAGUACAAGGGAUACUACACUUCAUCUUUACCUCCCUCCUUGCCUCAUCUUCCUGGAUACAAUGACACAAAUGCAACGGUUCACUUCACGGGCCGCCUCCGAAGCUUAGGGGAUGCGGAACAUCCUUGUAAUGUCCCAUUGAGCAUGAGCACUAAAUUGAUUUACAUCAUUUCUAUGAACACAUUCCCAUGCGCCGAUAAUUCAUGUACAGGGCCCAAUGGGACGCAAUUCUCUGCAAGUAUAAACAACAUAAGCUUCCAAUCCCCUACAAUUGACAUACUGAAAGCUUACUAUUAUAACAUUAGUGGUGUAUAUGGAGAUAAAUUUCCUAGCAUUCCAAAAAUGGUGUACGAUUUUACAUCUGAGUAUCCUCCAUUGGAGUAUCAGAUGUCGAGAAAGGGAACAGAAGUAAGGGUGCUUGAGUAUAACUCUACAGUGGAGAUUGUUUUUCAAGGGACAAACUUGGUUGCAGGGACACACCACCCCAUGCAUCUCCAUGGAUACGAUUUCUAUGUUGUUGGAUGGGGAUUUGGGAAUUUCGAUAAAAAAAGGGACCCUUUACGCUAUAAUCUGGUGGAUCCUCCUAUUCAGAAUACCAUCUUUGUUCCUAUGAAUGGUUGGGUUGCAGUUAGAUUCAAGGCGUCUAACCCUGGAGUGUGGUUCAUGCACUGUCAUUUAGAGCGCCAUCUGACUUGGGGCAUGGACACUGUGUUCAUAGUGAAAAAUGGUAAACACCCAGAAGCUCAAAUGCUGCCUCCUCCAUCGGACAUGCCACCAUGUUGAAGCUACAAAGCAAUAACAUGCCCAAGAUUUCAUUAAAUAUUUCAACUUUCAUUAUUUAUUAUGUUUAAAAAAAUGUUGACUAAGUUAGUAUUACUUUUCAAUUGAGAUAAGAAGAAAAAUGUAAAGUUGUAGAAUAUUAUGUCUAGGAUUAUUAAUUUGUCAAUUUCUUGGAUUGUUAAAAGUCUAUAAAGAUAAUGGACUUUGAAUAAUCUUUGAGACACUGUAUGGUGGAAUUUGCCUCGGAAACCUUUGAUUAUGAAAAGAGAAAUUGAGUCUAA